AUGUGCUCUGAAUUGCUUUUGUUUUUCUGCAUAUGUUUCCUAGGGAAGACAUGCGUAGAGGUUGAUGUUUCCUUUUUGCCGUCCACGAUUUUGAGUUUUGAACUACCCACAGACUAUCCUUCAUCAUCAGCUCCAGUCUUUACUCUGAGCUCCAUAUGGCUUUCAAGAGUCCAGAUCACAGCUCUUUGCAAGAGACUGGAUGAACUUUGGGAAGAGAACAGGGGCAGUGUGGUUCUUUUUACCUGGAUCCAGUUUCUAAAAGAAGAAACCCUGCAGUUUUUGAACAUCCAGUCUCCACUUGAGAUCCAAACCAAUGGUGUCCAGCCUCAGUGUGAAUCUGCUGAGUGUCAAGCAGCUAACGCUGCUGUAGAAGAGCUGGACCAGCGAGCAGUUCAAGUAGCUGAUCCUCACAGUGAUAUAUUAACCCAGCUGCUGGAUUUUAAUGAAGCUCAGAAGAAGAAGGUGUUUGAGGCCACAGUUUUUAGCUGUGGAAUUUGCUUUACUGAGAACCUGGGCUCCAGCUUUGUGCUCUUCAAUGAGUGUCAGCAUGUGUACUGCAAGACCUGCGUUAAGGAUUACUUCGAAAUCCAGAUUAAAGACGGCAAAGUCCAGUUUCUCUCCUGUCCUGAGGCAGAAUGCACCUCCCUGGCUACUCCUGCACAGGUGAAACUUCUCGUGAGCCAAGAAGUUUUUGCCCGCUAUGAUCGGCUCCUCCUGCAGUGGAGUCUGAACCUAAUGACUGAUGUGGUUUAUUGCCCUCGCAAAAGCUGCGGCAUGGCUGUGAUGCUCGAGCCUGACCGGACCAUGGGCAUCUGCCCUUCAUGCAAAUUCGUUUUCUGCACCCUCUGCAAUCGAGUAUACCACGCCCUCGCUCUCUGCAAUGAAAUACAAAGGGAGAAUGAACGGCGCGAAAAUCAAAGGAAAGAGGAUGAAGUGUGGGUGAAGCAAAACUCGAAACAGUGUCCGACAUGUGGUGUUAAAAUACAGAAAGAUAUGGGCUGCGACAUGAUGACCUGCAGCUCCUGUCAGCAGUUUUUCUGCUGGACCUGCGUUUCACCUCUCAAGAGAAAUGACCCCUACAGCCACUUCAGAGAUACGAAAUCUCCAUGCUACAACCAGUAAUGGGUGGUUAAUAAUGGUUUGGUUGAUAACUGAAACU